AAAUUACCAUUAUAUGGAGAUAUAUUACCUUAUAACCAUAUCAGGAUUAGUACAAUUAAAUGAUUGAUACAUUCUUUCCUUUUCCAAGUAAUAAUUUUGGAACAUUGUAAACUUGGUCCAGCAAUGCCAGCAUUGCUUAAAAUUAUUUUGGCUAUGUAGCUUUGAUACUACCCUCAUAGUUAGUUACACAUUUUUUAAUAUUUUUCAAUGACAGUUAAUCUUUAUUUUAUAAUCAUUUCUCUUUCUCUAAGCUUCUAACAAUCCCUUAGAAGUGAAACAAAUUAAGUGGAUGUUUGAAGCUAAUGUUUGUAAUAAAAAACAUGAGCAGUAUGAUUAUUUUUACAGUCUUGGAUUAUUUUUGCUUUAAGGUUCUACUAUUGUUUUAUCCUUUGAUGAUAUUAUGAGUAAUGGGAAGACAAGAAAUAUGGGCUAUUGUAGAAUAAUAUCAUAAUAAUUUUCAUAAGCUCUUCUACAUGUAUUAUGAGGUCAUAUUGUUUUGUGAUUCUAUCCCUUGGUAACCACAAAAGUAUAUAUAUGUUAUUAAAUUUCUAGUUAUUUUACCUGUCAGUAGUUUAAUACAUGCUUGUGAUAAAUUUAGUGAAAUAUAUUUUAUAAAUUCAUGAACUGAUAGCUUUUUUCUUCCUUAUACAAUGUUCUGCUUUACCAUGAAACUUUUCUUACCAUUUUCAUUUGACUAUGUUAUUAUAUUUUUAGUAAAUUUUCUUGGAUUAUUCUGUACAUUUUAAGUGUAGUAUAACUCCAUUUACACUUCUCUAAGGAAUAUAGCUGCAACAGUCUUAUCAGAUAGGUUAUCUCUCAGCAUUGUAUUGUCAUCUCUUUUAUAUCAAUUAUUGUAACUUUGUUCAUGUAACUUGAUUGAGCUUUUAAAUUCAUGUGAUUUCUGUUCUAAAUUAAAUCCUUCUUUGCCUGAGGACAAAUCAUGUUUGUAAUGCCAUGUAUUUGUGUGUUGGACACAUAUAUGCAACAUAUGUAGGUUUGCUCACCAAUGCAGGUAUUUGACAAAACUAGAGAUAGAUGUAGUGAUAUCUUACUCAAUUGUUUCUUGGCAUUAUUUUUUGAAACAACACUUCUCACUAAAUCUAGAACUUGCCAUUUCAGUUGGACUGAUAGGGCAAGGAGCCACCUGUUAAGAUUCACCUGUCUCUGUCCCCUUCUGGGCUUUGUGUGCACUGCCACACCCAGUUUUCAUGUGUGUGAUAGGGAUCUUAACCCAGGUCCUCAUGCUUUCAGGGCAAACAGUUUACCCAGUAAGCCACCUCCAAGCCAUAUCUUUGUAAUUUCAUGGUUUUCUGUUCUUGUCUCAUUGCUCCUGUCGGAAACUGUCUAAACCUUUUCAGUGAUACUUAUUAACUAAGUAUAGCAUGUUCAUUAUCAGCACCAGAGUUUUGUGUGCACCACACUAACUUGUCUGAAAUUAUUUUGGUGAACUAAUUGCCUUACUAAUCUUUCUAUAUCUUGACAUUUCUAUCACAGUUAUUUUUAUUAUUAACACUGACUACUUCAAUUUUUCUUAAUUAUGUUUGCAUCCUUAAGUUUAAUUCAGUUUUCUAAAGGAUACAAGACCAUGAUUUUUCCUCUGUAUUCUUUUCAGCACAACAUAAUUAAGAAUAGGUGUUCAAAAAAUAAUAGUUGUUCAAUUAAUUAUUUGAAUAUUAACUGUUCUGUGAUUUUUUUAACUCCAGUAUCUCAUGUGAUUCAUGCCUUUGUGAACUAUUUAAUGAAUCCAAAUUAAUGUGUACCUUUACUCAUUGCUGUAAUCUGGUUGUCACUGUUAUGUUCCUAAUAACUUUCUUUUAUAGAAGCUUAAGUGAAAAUGGUACAUGUUAGAAGACACGAAACAAGAAAAAAUUCUAAAACCCAAGAACCUGAACAAAAAUCUCGAGUUGAUUGGCAUCGGACUAAAAGAAGCAUCUCACAGUUAUUUGAUAGUGAUGAAGAGCUAGAUAGUAAUGAGGAACUUGACAGCGAUGAAGAGCAUGAUAGUGGGGAAAGUAUUGACAGUGAUGAAGAGCUUGAUAUUAGCAAGAAGUCUGGUAUUAAUGAACUACCAGAAAAGGAAACAGAGCUUAAAUUAAUCAAAGUUGAAAGUCAGGAAAGCAACAGUAAACAUCUUACAAACACCAGCAAUAGUUCAGCAGAUGAAGAAAAAAUGAAGGAAACCAAACAUAAUGACUUAUCAGAUGAUGAAGCUCACCCAGGUCAAGCAGAGAAUUAUCACAACAGACACACUGGCCAAAUCCUAGAGGAAGAUAUGGAAGAUGAAUACAUCAAGCCAGGAAAAAGAAAAAGGCUGUCCUCUGUGAUGUAUGACAGUGAUGAGAGCGAUGACAGUGAUAUCCUAAUUAGAAAAGCAAAUGGUAAACACCCACGCAGAGUAGUUGAGGAUGAAUGUUCUUCAUUGGAAAUGGAGCAAGAAACUCCUGAGAAAUCAUCAGCUGCACGAAAGCGAGAAUACCACCAGAAGCUACAGGAACUCUCUGAGAGAUCACGCCAGAGACAGAGGCGCAAUAGUGGUAGAAAUUUUGAGGACUCUGAAAAGGACUCUUGUUCAGGCACUGAUGAGGAGGAUGAAGAUGAGGACGAGGAUGAUUACAGAUAUGAUGAAAAUGGAGAUGAUUACAUGAUUGAUGAUUUUGUAGUGCCAGAUGAGGAAGGCAAUGACGAGAAUAAAAAUCAACAAGGAGAAAAUCUGACUACAUCACAACUGAAAUUAGUAAAACAGAAUUCUCUUUAUUCUUUUAGUGACCAUAUUACUCACUUUGAAAGAGUUGUGAAGGCUCUUCUGAUCAAUGCUUUGGAUGAAUCUUUUCUGGAAACUUUGUAUGCUGGCACCAGGAAGAAAUCCUACGCGAAAGAUAUGGUGAAAUCUCUUCAUUAUUUGGAUAAUCGCUUUAUUCAACCCCGUCUAGAGAGUUUAGUCUCUAGAAGUCGAUGGAAAGAGCAAUAUAAGGAGCGGGUUGAAAGCUACUCUAACUUAAGCAUCCUUUCAAAGAGCCCUAAGGACUGUAUAUGCCAGGCUUGUGGGCUGCAUCGCCACUGUAAAUUUUCAGUGCAUCUCUCAGGAAACUUAUACAACAUCAGGACGAUGGAAACAGAUGAUUUCAUGUCACAUGACAAGCAGGUGUUUACUGUUGGCAGAAUUUGUGCUGAACGUACCAGAAUUUAUCAUAAACUAAAGCAUUUUAAGUUUAAACUCUACCAAGACUGUUGCAUCAUUGCAAAAACAGAAGAAGUUGGAGAUGAACAGGUUAAAGAUACAGUAGAGAGAGUCUUCAGUCAUUCAAAAGAAAGCGGCUGGAUUAGAAAGAAAUAUGAUCAACUGCAGGACUAUCUCAAUUCUGCGGAUUAUUUUCAAGAUGAGAAGUUUGAAUUAUAGCAUGCUUCCUUCAUGAAGAGAAGAUUUUAUAAAUUUCUGUAAAUGCAAAGACCAUGAGUUUUGUUUUUCUGUGUUAUGUAUCAUUGGUUUUAUAUUCUAUGUAUGUCUUUGUGGCAAAAUAUCUUAUUUAUAUGCUCAUCUGAUUUUCAUAAAAUGCCACAGUGAAGCCUAAUAGCAGUUUCAUAGAUUUACAUGGAGACCAUCAGCUUUGUGGUUCAAAAGUCCCUCAGUGUAUUUUAGUCAUGUGGUGAUGCUUUUCUCACACAUGUCCAGCAGUUGAAUGUGCUAUCAUGUCCUGUCAGUUUAGUAGAAAUAGGCUGUGUUACGAUAUAUUUGGAUUGACCUGAGGAUGGCUCAGUCAAUAUAGUACUUGUCUUAUGAACAUAAAGACCUGAGUUCAGUCCCCCAAACCAUAUUUAAAAUAAAAGCCAAAUAUGAUGGAGUGUACUUGUAAUCCCCACGCUGGGAGGCAAAGAUGAGGCAGAUCCCUGAGGCUUGUUGGCCAGGCACCCAGCCUACUCAUCAGUGAGAGACCCUGUCUCAAAAAACAAGAAUAUGUGGUGCUUGUAAGUGACACCAAGGUUAUCCUCUGAGCUCAGCAUGCAUGCAGACACAAAUAGUCAUGUGCCCACACAUUUGUACAACCACACCUGAACCUUCACAUCCACAGUAUAUAUGCAUGUGUAUAUACUUACAUAGUGAGACUUAUACCUAUAUGUAUGUGUUCUUGUACCCCUUGGCAAUAUUAAGUAAUCUUCAGUAAUAAAUGUCUAGUUAAGGUUUCCUCAAUCAGUGAGUCAUGGAAGAAGUUUCAGACUUCCAUGCAUUCAGUAUCCUAGCCUCAGAGUGAGACCGUAGCUCAUCUAUUCCAGGUUGAGAAAGGUUUCCUUCUGCUAAAGUUUCCCUGAUGAAAAGAUGGAUCGGCCCAGGGUCUUUCAAUUCUCAUGUUCAGGGAGAACUUCUUAAUAUAUAUAUUUUAAUUGUGUAUACUGUUCUUUCUUGUUUUUGUACAAUUUUAUGUGUAGUAUAUUAAAGAUUAUGAUAUAUUAUGAUUUUCACCAUAACUUUCUCUUUCUGUGUGUGUAUGUGUGUAUAUAUGUUCUAGUCUGAAAAUCUCACAGGCAAGUUCAGCCAAAGAUAUUUUGAAGGCUUAGCUUUGUGCCUCCAUUACUUUGCACAUCCUAAUUUUUCCAUAGUACAAUAAAGUAAAAUGG